UUCCUCAUCCCUCAGACUGAAAAUAGAUCCAGCUGGGUUUGGUCUGACGAUCAUCGACUCCUGUUUCCACCAAAAUAAACGGACGUUACCGGAGGAUUUACCGUUUAUCUUUUUGUCCUUUAGCUAGCUCCGGGUUUUCUUCAUCCUGCUUGAAUCAGAAACAUUAUUUUUAUUUAAAUUCUAAUCAGCCUCAUUUAUAUUUCCCAACCUCUCCGAAGUGAUGUCUGUCGCGGGGUUGAAAAAGCAGUUCCAUAAAGCCACUCAGAAAGUCAGCGAGAAGGUUGGAGGAGCAGAAGGAACCAAACUAGAUGAUGACUUCAAAGAAAUGGAAAAGAAAGUGGACAUCACCAGCAGAGCGGUCCUGGACAUCAUGACCAGAACCACAGAGUACCUACAGCCCAACCCAGCAUCCAGAGCCAAGCUGAGCAUGAUCAACACCAUGUCCAAGAUCCGCGGCCAGGACAAAGGCCCCGGCUACCCGCAGGCCGAGACCGUCCUGGGCGACGCCAUGUUGAAGUUCGGACGGGAGUUAGGAGAAGAGUCCUGCUUCGGUUUGGCGCUCAUGGACGCCGGUGAGGCCAUGAAGGAACUCGGGGAGGUGAAGGAUGCUCUGGACAUGGAGGUCAAACAGAACUUCAUCGAUCCGCUGCAGAACCUCCACGACAAAGACCUCAAAGAGAUACAGCAUCAUCUAAAGAAGAUGGAGGGACGCCGUCUGGACUUUGACUACAAGAAGAAGCGUCAGGGGAAAGUCCAGGACGAUGAGAUCAAACAGGCGCUGGAGAAGUUCGACGAGAGCAAAGAGAUCGCAGAGCAGAGCAUGUUUAACCUGCUGGAGAGCGAUAUUGAGCAGGUGAGCCAGCUGGCGGCGCUGGUCCAGGCCCAGCUAGAGUACCACAGCCGGGCCGCCGAGAUCCUCCAGCAGCUCUCCAGCAAGAUGGAGGACAGGAUAAAGGAGGUGUCCAGUAAACCGAGGAAGGAGUACGCACCGAAACCCAGGAUGACCCUGGAGCUGCUGCCCCCCAGCGAGAGCCACAACGGGGGGAUACACUCUGCCAAAUCCCCCGGAAGAUCACCAGCCCCGAUGGACCAGCCGUGCUGCCGAGCGCUCUACGACUUCGAGCCGGAGAACGAAGGCGAGCUCGGCUUCAAAGAGGGCGACGUCAUCACCCUGACCAACCAGAUCGACGACAACUGGUACGAGGGAAUGAUCAACGGCCAGUCGGGCUUCUUCCCCAUCAACUACGUGGAUAUCCUGGUUCCGCUCCCUCAUUAGGCCCAGACCCGGCCCUCUUCCCCUUCGACUGACCCCCCGAAAACAGCCUGUAUUUGCAUAAACAACAAACCACGCCCUCCUUCUACUUCUUCUUCUUCUUCUUCUUCUGUGCUUCUGUGCGAUUCUGCUUUCACAAAACGGACUGGACGGGGCAGCGAUUAGAGGAGAAGAAGGGAAGGACAUGAGGAUCAUAGCGUGAGGAUUAAAGCAAGCCGAGAGGAGUCGGUGCUUGGCCGGGCAGCACUGGAUACCAAUGAGGCUUUGGAGACUUGCAUAAGGCACGGUGUAUAUGUACGUGCAUGUAUGUGUCUGCAUUUCGACCUCUUCUUACUCUAUUAUGAUCAAGCCAGCACAAAUUCCUGCCCGUCGGUGCAACUGCCUGACAGCUUUUCCUUCUUUCUCUCUUCCUACUUUUCUCUUUCCCUGGAAUAUCUUUUCUACCUUGACUUGCCUUCCUUUCCUGUGCUCCUCUUCAGAUUUCUAAGCAGCUGUCACAGUCUUCCCCACUUUCUGUCUUUCGUACUCUCUCUUUGUCUUUCUGUCCUCUUCCCUUGCCUAGCACUGCCUUUCAGCAUGGCUCCAUACUCGGUACAGAUCCAGAGCUACAGCUGGGCGUCAGACCCUUCUGCUUUCCGUUCGAGUAUACCUCGCCCUCUUUUUUUUAGCUCUUCUUGUAACAUACUUUGCCUUUUUCUCCGAGAAUCCUCUGCAUAGAAUUUCAGCUCAGCGGCUGCAUGCAUGAACCAGCCAAACUGAAAAAAUUCAAGUGAUAGAACGCCGGGUGAAAUCCAGGUUUUAGGAGUGCAUUGCUGGGGUAAAGCAGUACCUGCAAUAAGCUUAGUCCUGUAAUGGAAAUUUCAACCGUUUGAGGGUCAGGAAACUCUUUGAACUCAUCAGUAAGCAGCACAGGUCUGUUGUACUGAACAGAACGUACCACCAGCUUGGUGAAUUGAUAAGCCUUGCGUAGAGGAAAAGAGGCUUGUUUUUCGCUGUAUACUAAACUAAGUUACCCAUUCACAGUGUUUUGUGUGUACUGUGUGGAGUAGGUGCUUGCUGACUCGUCUUAUUUGUGGCUUUUGCAUGCAGGGCCGUGUGAACAGUGGUAAAAUUCCUGUUUUCAGAACUUUUAUUUGCUCAGAAACCUGUCUGGACAUCUAUUCAGGUUGGCCAUGUAAGUAGGACACACAGCAGUUGGUGGACAGUUUAUCGAUUGCUGUUAUCACACAACCUGUUGUCAGUAGGAUUUGCCUGAAUAUUUGCGGUGUCAUUAAGGCAGCAGACAUUCCAAUGUGACCUCACGAUACACAGAAAGUUUUUGACCAAAUUCUCUAACCUUCAAAACAUUCUUGCUGUCGAUACUCAGUUCCAGUUUUCAGUUCCAAUGCCUUCCUAUGAACUUACUGUACGCAAAGUGCUCAAUGUUUCUGAGAGAAUAUUACAGUAUGUAAGCACUGGACACUAUACCGGCAUAAAUAUCCCACAAUUCAAUGCAGUAGUGAACUAGGCCUUAAUGACCAUUACUCUUUGGUUUAAGUCUAAGGUUGAGAUGGAAACAAAGUGUACCGAGUUGAGAAUUCUGCCUGAUAUCAAGCUAACGGAUGCUAGUGGAGGUAAAGACAAUGAAAAGAUACCCAUUAUGCUUUAUUCACUAAAAAGUACAGUGCCUAUAAGAGGUAUUCUCCCCCCUUGGAUUUUUUUACCCCUUUUAUUGCUUUUCAACAUUGAAUCAUGGUCACUUUGGUGUUUUGGCAGUUAAGGAUUCUUGCAUGUCAAAAUAAGAAAAAAAAACUUCUCUUCAAAGUAAUAUCAACAAAUUCAAAAAUAUUACGUCAAAAACCGACUAAGUCCGUCCUGCUUCAGGGAGAGUCUUGGUGGCCUCUCUCUAUUCUUGGUGUCUUCUUGCUUGGUCGAUCACUUUUUAAGGACAACCUGCUUUAGGCAGAUUUACACAUGUGCCAUAUCCUUCCAUUUUUUUACUGAUAGAUUUAACUCCACUCCAAAGGAUGUUCCUUUUGUUGUUUUUUAACAAUGAAUCAAGGCCAUUUCAAUUUACAAAAAAAGGACUGCUUUAUGUUAAAAUAAAAUAAAAAAGUUUUACAAAGUAACAUCAAUUCAUUCAAAAUAUAAAAUCUGAAAUAAAUGACUGAAUCAGUGCCUCUUCAGAGGGAGUCAUGGGUGUCUUGGUGGCCUCACUUGUCUUGUUCUUGCUCAGUCACUUUCUUUUUGAGUACAGACUGCUCCAGGCAGAUUUACACAUGUGCCACAUUCCCUCCAUUUCUUAAUAAUGAAUUUAAUUGCACUCCAAGGGAUAUUCAGUGACUUGGAAGCCUUUUUUAUGGAGUGUUCUUUGGUCUUCAUGUUGUAGUUACAUCCAGGUGUAUUGAUUCACCUUCUAGAUACAGAUGUCUUUACUACAAUCAUUGAGAUGCAUUCACUGCACUUAAAUGGUCUUUUUUUGUCCAUUCCUGUCAAAAAAUCCCCAAAACUGACUGUGAUUUAAAGUUGAAAAGCAAUAUAAGAGAGAAACUCCCAAGCACAGUGAAUAUUUUUUUAGGCACUGUCUGCACAGCGAUAUAUACAUAUUUAGUAUGUCGUUCAUAGUGUGGAGUUUCAGUAUAACCUUUCAAACGCUCCAGAAACUUGAACGUUUUCUGACUUACAGACAUUUCUAGAAUCUCAGUACCAGUCUUCACCUCCAGUGUUAAUCUGUUUUCACAUUACAGUGGAAAAACAGGAGUCUUGUGCUGCAUGUUCUGCGUCCGUCGGCGUGAUAUAUAAGACUGCGAAACUGCCUUAGCUAUAAUGCUAAUGCUAUAAGUUGUGCUUUUGUCCAAAACCUCUGACUGCUGGUAAUUUUCCAGCAGAAAAGGCUGUCUGUUGUUGUCUGGUCUUGAUACGAAGCUCUAAAGAGAGUGGGCUCUUGUUGAUUGUUUUAAAGUCUUUGGGAUAAAUCACAUUUCAAUACUCAAACAGUUAGUUUAGUGUUAGGAAGCACUCAGUAUUGGUGGUAACUAUAAGCUAAACUAGUUCCCUGGAGCAUGCAUCACGUACAGUAUAUAGUGGAGCUGGUACAAUGACUGCAACUGUUACUCUACCAAAGUGCUACCUAACUAAAUGACAGUAUUCUUCAAAGGCAGUAUGAAGGAGUGUGACCUUAUAAGAUUGUUAUUUAUUGUUAAAGGCUCUUCAGUACUAUUCAUAAAUCCCAGUACCCACAAUUUAUUUUUUGACCACCUGCAGUAAAGUUGAAAGCUGGUCAGCCUGGAGGUAAAACACCUGAUGGGGUGGGACUGAUCUUUCAAAAAUAAUAUACUCACAUGUUUAAAGUUGGAGCUUGUUGAGUCUUUUUACCUGCAAGACAAGUUGACAGGGAGUGUCAUAUGCAGAUGUGGAACUUUUAAGAGUUGGAUUCAAAAUUUGGCAGCCAGUUUGCAACGUUAGAAGCUCAAAUGUCUGACAAGUCCAGAGAGCAGCAUAUUGUAGUCAUGUCUUGCUGGAAUUAGCAAACAUCGGGAUGUAAAAUCAGUCACGUAAAUAGAAUUCUUGCUGUCAUUUUCAUUUUAAUGAAACUAAAAACUACAUGGUUGGCAGCUUAAAGCCUCUAAAAAGCUUUGGGUUUUUCUAUUUAGGCAUUAUUUAUUAUGUCUUGAAUAUCAGCAGGAAUCUGUGCUAGCAUAGCUGAUGAGCCAGAUGUGACUGACCAACUGACCUUUACAUUUGUGCACUUUGGGGAUGCUGAGUUGAGCAGAACCGACUACUUAUUUCCUGAGUAAUGAAUACCACGUCUUUAAAUGUAACACAUAAAUGAAAUUAUUAAAAUAUAGAGAGAAAACCAAGAGGAAAACAUGGGAGAUUUCAACUAUCUCUGAUUUCUAUUUAAGAACUGAUUUCAUUUUCCACAAUGUUUCAGAACCUCUCUGCUCCAUGUAAACAAUGCCUGCAGUUCAGCUGAAAAGUUGUUGAAUUUAAAACUCUUUAGUAAAAUGUUUACUGAGGUAACAAAUCAAGUGAGAAGUUCGGGCAUUUUCUCAUUGACUUCCGUACAAUCUGCAACCAGACUAGUCGCCCCCUGCUGGCUGUUGGACAGACUGCAGGACUAAGUCACUUCAGGUGACUGAUGGUCACAGCUGAAUUUUGGUUGCGUCAAGGAGAACAGAAUUGUUUUGUUUUUCCAGAAUGUGGAAUAAACCAAUUUAAAAUGAGGCAUGUCAAGUAACUUGAUUGUAAAUUACAUAUUAGCUUAGAUUUGGAUAAUUUUCCUGACGUAACCAUACACAUCACACGUGAUUAGUUCAAGAACAAUCGGAAAGUUCAUUUUCCGAUAUUUUGUUUGUUUGUUUACUUUUAUAGAUUCUGGUUUAAAUUAGUUUUAAAAAAAAAAGGUAAAUUAGGAUUCAUCAGGUAAAUGGCCUGUAUUUAUAUAGCGCUUCACUAUACCUGCAAGGUAUCCAAAGCGCUUUACAUGAUACAUCACAUUCACCCAUUCACACACUGAUGGCAGAAGCUACAAUGCAAGGCACUAACCACGACCCAUCAGGAGUUUGGUGUCUUGCUCAAGGACACCUCGACAUGAGCCCAACGGGCCGACGAUCGAACCGGCAACCCUUGGGUUGCAAGACUGCCACGCUACCCACUGAGCCAUGCCGCCUCAUCAGGUUAAGAUAGCUAGCUCAUAACUAAAAAUAUUCUUCUGAGAAAUUAUGAAGUAUCUAUUGAACAAUAUAUCCUGUGUUGAAUGUGGGUACUUUGUACUUUGUUUUUUGUUUUGUUUUUUUUUUGAGCCAGUCCACAAUCCACAAGUACAAGACACGAGGCACGAGUGAAGCAAACAAAAUAUGAUAUGAAGUGUUUCAUUAGAGGAUUGAAAAGUUCAAAGCUAUGUUUCUUUUGGACACAAAUAUUAAUAAAAAUGGAAGUUUCAGGCUGGUCACAGAAAUUAAAGACUUUCCAUUAAAUGUCAAUAAACACUGAAUAUAAACGCAAUAAAUUAUGACGGAAAGUUUCAAUAAGACGAAGAGAUGACUUAAGGAAAACUAUCUAUCUAUCUAUCUAUCUAUCUAUCUAUCUAUCUAUCUAUCUAUCUAUCUAUCUAUCUAUCUAUCUAUCUAUCUAUCUAUCUAUCUAUCUAUCUAUCUAUCUAUCUAUCUAUCUAUCUAUCUAUCUAUCUAUCUAUCUGCUCAGACAUCUCUUCCAUUGCCAAAGCACAUGUAUGAUAACAACAAUACAAUCACAACUGCAGUAAACUGGGUAAUAAUCUCUGUUCCUCUCUCAUUCUUUCUGCUGCUCUGUAACUAUUUCAGGUUGUUGUAAUUGUCAGGGGUUUGGAGCUCAUCUGUGUUCAGUUUUUCCUUUUAUUUGUUUAUUUUUUAAAUUAUUUCGUCCGUGACUUCUGUGUCUGAAAACCUGAUUUUUUUUGGAGUCCGCCUGUGGAAAGUCUGUGAGCUGCAUGCAACUGACCCGCUUUACAUCUGCUGUUCGAGAUGGUUUUCCAAAAAAGAAAAAAGGAAAAAAAAAGUUUAAAGAUCUAAACAAAAGGAGGAGAUGUUUGUCCUGCUGGCUUUUGUUUGUGAUGCAGUGAGCCUAAGUUAACUGCUGUUCUUAAGUUCUGUUGUUCGAUUACUGUAUUGUUUUUUUUUACCUGCUUAAGCUAUAUUCAUAUAGCGCUCUUAUUCCAAUUACAAAGUGCUUUAAGACAUUUUUAAUUUUCUCGAAUGUUUUAAUUUAUUUUUUCGCUCUUCUUCUUUUUCUAUGUUUGUUCUUUUCUUUCGUGCUGAUUUGCCCUCUAUGGCGACAUGUAUUCUAACCUCAAUGAGGGACUUGUACAGUGUUACCCUCCACCAUCCCCGUUCACCUCAACGGGAGUCAGACCUCGGCCAUGUUCCCUGCCUGAGUUUUGGUUUCAGCAUCACUCUCAGAUUGGUGGAUCGAGUGUUGCAUUUCAAGCCGCACCUGCAGACUGAAGCUUCAGUUCUCACAGCAGCUCUGAGAACAGAAAUACUCCCAUUGUUUGGGCUAAACCUGAUAAGAAUGAAUUUCUCUUUAUGUUCAGGCGCUGAUAAAUAUAGGUGAUGUCCUCCAUAUUUCUCAUUUUAAGUUACAUAUGAAAUUUUACGAGCUUCACAGUGGUUUGGUGGUUAGAAGAUGUGCUUGUUAGCCUCUAUUUGUAGCCCUGACAUGGACUGACAAGCUGUCCGGGAUGUCCCCCGUCUUCACCCUAAGUCAGCUCGGAUAGGCACCAGCACCCCGUGACCCUAAUGAGGAUUAAGCGGCGUACAGAUAAUGGAUGGAUGGGUGACAUGAUGCAAGAAUCCACCAGUAAUACGGUCUUCUAUUUUAUGCCAAAUCAAAUGCUACAAAGUUUCUUGUGCUGCAUCAACUAAACAACAUGUAAAACAUACAUGUAGUCACUGUGAUGCCACCUAUUGGAUUUGUAAACUACUGUUUUAAAAUCUUGGAUCUGGCUCAGAUCUGAACAUGCACAAAUGAUAACGACUUAUCAAUCACAAGGUAGCUAUGCCCUAAAGCAUAUCUUGCAUUAUUGCCUAUUCUCCGCUAAAUGGGACCAUAAUUUACAAAAAGAUCAUCUUUCUGCAUUGGAAUAAACUUGAAACUAGCAAUUAAGAUCAUAAACUCUUUAGGAAAAUGUUUACUGAGGCAACAAGUUUAGUUUCAAUUGACCUUGUAGUUUCUGCGUAAUGCUGCUCACACACAGACAAACAAAAAGCAAGGAGAACAACCUCAUUCUUUGAGGCAACCAGUAAAUCAAAAUGAGUAAAAGCAAAACCUUUUCUUGACUGUCAGCUUCUAUGAUUAACCGAUUAGAGAAAUAAAUCGACAUCUGCAUGGUAAACAUGAAGCUACAGCCAGUUAGCUUAGCACAAGAUAGCAAUUCACUUAUAGCUUUGUUAAUAACUACUUGGUCAAAUUGUGGUUUUACAUCCGCUCAGAUCUUCUGGUUGUCUUCACAGCUGAAAACGUUAAAUAAGAGAUAAAAUAAAUUGUUUAGUUUCCACUAAGCAUCCAGGCUCAUAAAUAUAGUUUCAAAACAUGACUAGAAUUUAUAAUUUCUUUGCAUUUUUGGAUCUUCUUUUUUUCCCUUUGUCGUGCAACUUUGUAUAAAAACCUCCACUCGCUGAGGUUUAACUCCACCUGUUAGGUUGCUAAUGGACUGCUUCUAAGAGACAUUUCUCAAAAACUGUAUCUCCGGUCUGCAGGUUGAUUUUCAGGUUGUAAUAAUGUGGUCUUGGUCUGAACCGUGGCUGUUACAUAAUAUUACUGUAUGCCUUGUGACUGUAAGAAAAAAAAAGACAAAAAAAGCCCUUGGCCGAUGGAACCUGCCGUCUCCUGGUGAGCUAUAUGUGUGUGUGUGAGUGUAUACACACCUUGUUGCUAUUUAUUUAUGGACUUUACAAAUUCAUUUGGUUAUUUAUUUAUUUAUGUAUGUAUUUAUUUAUUUAUUCCUGCGUCCUAUUUAUUGGUCGGGCACCUGUGGCAUAUUUGACGGUUGUCACAACAUUGCUGUGUGAUGUGGAGGGAUUUUGGGGGUUUUGGUUGGGUGGGGGUGGUCAGUGGAAAAAACCUCGCUGUGAUACUAACUCUAACUGUUGCUCUCCUCGUAUUGGACGACGAUAUAAUCUAAGACCACUGUAUGUAUAACUGCUUGUCGUGAAGAUGAACUACAAUGUAAUGACAAUAAAGAAUUAACACUAUGAUGACA